ACUGCUCUCGCUGAAGUGUGAUCAGUUUCAGCCGCGUAGUGGGACCCAGAGAGACCUGAUGCACGAGUCAAAGCGACGCGCAACGGAGAUGAAGCCGGGCUCCGAUUGGUUCUGAUUCUUAAAAGCCCUUUUCAUUCAAGAGGCUGUCCAUUAUCAACAUGGCAGAACCGUCGGUUUCAGUACCACCUAGAAAAAUGGCGUCACUUAGCCGGGUCCGAGCCUUAACUUUGAUUUUCUUAACUGCAAGCAGUUAUUUAAUUACCCCGACAAGUGGCAAGGAAGGAGGAGGAGGAGAGGAGACGGUCAUUAUCGGACUGAGACUGGAGGAUACGGACGACAUUUCUUUUAUGGACAGGGGCUUUUUGCGGGUCAGCGAAAGGUCUCGGGUGAGAUUAAGAGUGUAUGGGCAAAAUAUCAACAAUGAGACGUGGUCCAAAAUCGCCUUCACGGAACACGAGAGGAGUCGAGUUAUUGGAAACCUCGACAGCUCCUCAGGAGACAACAACAGUCAGGAAGAGACGUCGGGCUUGCACCCAUGUGGCAUUAGGACUUCAGAUAUUUUAAUCUUGCCCAACAUCAUUUUAAGUCGCAAGACGUCUGGCAUCGUGGAAAUUGAGGUCAAACCUCUGCGAAAGACCGAGAAAAGCAAAGCCUACUACCUGUGCAUCGCCACUUCCACACCUGCCGUGGCUGGCAUGCACGACCCCUGGACAGAAAACACGUGGAUCUAUCACGACGGAGAGGACACCAUGGUGAUCGUGGUGGAGGAGAGAAAGUUUCUGCUCCCUUUCUGGCUUCAGGUGAUCUUUAUUUCAAUGUUGCUCUGCCUCUCGGGUAUGUUCAGCGGGUUAAACUUGGGUCUGAUGGCGCUUGAUCCCAUGGAGCUGCAGAUCGUCCAAAACUGCGGGACGGAGAAGGAGAAAAACUAUGCCAGGAAGAUCGAACCUGUCAGGAGCCAAGGGAAUUACCUGCUGUGCUCGCUUCUCUUGGGGAAUGUUCUGGUGAACACCACCUUGACCAUAUUGUUGGAUGAUAUAGCCGGUUCUGGAUUGAUAGCUGUAGUCAUGUCCACCAUAGGCAUUGUCAUAUUCGGAGAGAUUGUUCCUCAAGCUAUAUGUUCACGACACGGUCUUGCUGUCGGUGCGAAUACAAUCUUCCUGACCAAAUUCUUCAUGCUGCUCACGUUCCCUGCGUCCUAUCCGGUAAGUAAACUCUUAGAUUACCUCCUCGGACAGGAGAUCGGCACCGUAUACAACCGAGAGAAACUCUUGGAGAUGUUGAGGGUCACGGAUCCAUACAACGACUUGGUGAAGGAGGAGUUGAACAUCAUUCAGGGUGCACUGGAGCUCAGGACUAAGACCGUGGAAGAUGUGAUGACUCCGUUGCGCGAUUGCUUCAUGAUCACCGGCGACGCCACGCUGGAUUUCAACACCAUGAGCGAGAUCAUGGAGAGCGGCUACACGCGCAUUCCGGUGUUCGAGGGCGACAGAUCCAAUAUCGUGGACCUGCUGUUCGUGAAGGAUCUGGCGUUUGUGGAUCCCGACGAUUGCACCCCGCUCAAGACGAUCACCAAGUUCUAUAGCCAUCCUUUACAUUUCGUCUUCAACGACACAAAGCUCGACGCUAUGCUGGAGGAGUUCAAGAAAGGUAAAUCCCAUCUGGCAAUAGUACAGCGGGUUAACAAUGAAGGAGAAGGCGACCCAUUCUACGAAGUGCUUGGCAUUAUCACCCUUGAGGACGUAAUUGAAGAAAUCAUCAAGUCUGAAAUCCUGGAUGAGACAGACUUAUAUACUGACAACAAAACAAAAAAGAAAAUCGCCCAUCGAGAGAGGAAGCAGGAUUUCUCGGCUUUCAAGCACAUGGACAGUGAAAUGAAAGUUAAAAUAUCACCUCAGCUUCUACUGGCUACUCUGCGUUUCCUAGCAACAGAGGUUGAGUCUUUCAGCCCUAUCCAGAUGUCUGAGAAGAUCCUUCUGCGUCUCCUCAAGCACCCUAAUGUCAUCCAGGAGCUCAAAUAUAAUGAGAAGAAUAAGAAGGCUCCUGAGCAUUACCUCUUUCACCGCAACAAGCCUGUGGACUAUUUCAUCCUCAUUCUGCAGGGGAAGGUGGAGGUGGAGGCAGGGAAGGAGGGCAUGAAGUUUGAAGCUGGAGCGUUCUCCUCAUAUGGGAUGAUGGCUCUCACUGCUUCUCCAGAAAACAAAUCCCCCCCUCGGUCAUUUGGACUGAACCAUUCUGACUCAUUAAAUCGUAGUGAGCGGAUUGAAGCCAUCACACCAUCACUGGGCAGCAGUAACAACCAGCUCAAUGCCUUCUUGCAGAUCUACAUGCCAGACUAUUCAGUUAGAGCUGUGUCAGAUCUACAGUAUAUUAAGGUGACACGCCAGCAGUAUCAGAAUGCCCUCAUGGCUUCACGCAUAGACAAGACGCCACAGUCCUCAGAGAGUGAAUACACCAAAAUUGAAAUGACUCUGACAGAGCUCCAUGAUGGAGUGACAGAUGAAACAACCGCUCUGUUCAACAAGACACAAAACUGCAUCGCCCACAAUAAGUCGAACCAUACAGGCCACAGUGAGGGAGUCGUCUAGCCCUCACAGGGGUGGUGGAGCAAAGUAGAGAGCAGAAAGCAACCCUCUCGCCUGGAGCUUCCUCACCACCCCAAUCUACUCCCCAAUCUACUCUAAUCUAGUAGUGCUGUACUACUGGGGCCUGGGCUUGGGUUGACCCAAGGCAACAUGGCUCAGUCCCAUUCAUUCAGAUGAACCACUCUAUUUAUGUCCCCCAGACCAAAGAGUUUGCAGGAUGGACAUUCAUGUGCUCUGACAAGCCCUUCCAGCAACACUCACACUGCCCCUGUGAUACUUUAUGUUUUAGAGAGGAUACUCCACUCCAAAACAAAUACUCCAUUCAGAUGCUCUAACAUGGUAAAUAAAAGACUGUUCCAAAUACUGCUUUGAAGGAAAGUGAACCAAGAGCAUUCUACUUGCAUAUUUAUUUAUUUUGUAUGUGUUUGUAUAUAUGUGCAUGUCUUAGAAGAUAAUUGUCAGCACACCUGUCUAUAAUAUUGUGUGUGUGUGCCUCUAUGAGUGUCACUGAUAUCACGCACAUUCUAUAUAAACAUAGUUACAAAUACAUCACUGUAUAUGUAUUGGUGAGGACCUUUUACAUGUAUUUUUCAGAAAUUGGUAUUUUUACUGUUCUUAAUCGGAUAUAUUCCACAGUACCUUUUACAUCAUUUUAAAAUGAAUCAUUAUAUUGCCUUUAAAAAAAAAAAAGAAAAAUCAUAUUAAUUUUUUAACAAGUGCAAUGAAACACAUUUUAUUUAAAAGAUGAUUUAUCAAGAUUACUGUAUUGUAAAGUAUAGGCAUUUAUUGUAUCAUGUUUGUAUAUUUGUUUGGAGGUAUUUUGGAUUCACUUCCAAGGAUGAACAGGUUUUAUAUAUCUGCUUAAAAAAAAUAUCAAUGGCACAAUAACUAUAUACAGAACUGAAUGCAUUCUUAUUUAAAUUGAAUGACAUACCUGUCAGGACUUUAUGCAAGGGAGAAUCGAUAAGCAUCCGUGCGAUUCCUAACUGAAUCCAUACCAUAACAAUGAGUCUUUACAACGCCAGUUACUGAAAGUCUUUAAAACAACUACUGCAUUAAUGCCAUAGUGUUUAAAUGGCCGUGCUUGUGUUUAUAACCUGUGUGUCUCUAUUGUUGCCUUCAAUGGUUAUUUGUCUGAACACUGGACACUCCUGCUACGCAUACAGUGAUUUUAAGAAAUGAACACAAAUGUGUUGGUUUGUAAAUUUUUAGACCGGUAAACAGUUUAUAAUGAACCUUUUAUAUUUUCUCUUUUGAACAUCACAACAGUGACUUGCCAUACUCCAGAAGACCAUUAGUAGCAGUAAGGUUCUGUCUAAAUGUUAGUUUAAGAAAAUAAUGUUUUAAUGUUAAAAUAUUUUGAGACUUCAUUUUCAUUUUUUUGAAACUUUUUUUAGUACAAUUCCAUUUCCUCAAAGACCCAAACUGCUUAACAGGAGUUAAACCAUAGACAGCCCUCUUCUACUAUGUUUUCUGCCUUUUAGAUGGCAGUUGUGUGCCCCUGUUCCUACCAUGUCAGUAUCUGUGGUUGAUCUGAUUUAGGCAGCUUUUAAGAUUAACUUAACUUAUGAACUUAAACCACAGCAGAAAUAAAUUGCUUGUAUUCUAGUAUUUAUACAUGGGUCAGUACCACAGACAGCCACUGCUUGGCACUACGGUCUAACACUUUAAAACUAAAACUACACAUCGUUGUAAUCUUAAAACUUAUGCUCUUUAUACCAAAGAUUUUACUUAAGAGGUGAGAUCAGAGACUGUUGGGCUUUACAUAGUAGAUUAAGGCCAAUAUUGAUGAUUUUCCUAGACAGAUGCUCAUCUAGGGAAAAAUACAGGCUCUGGCUUUUUACAUUUGUUUUUUUUUUUCUAAUUUGCUUUGUUAAUAAAUUAUAGCUACUUUGUAACAAAAAUGUAAACCCUAGGGAGGACAAAAGGUUCUAGAGAAAGUGCUAUUAAAUAUUCAUAAGUUUCACUAUGGUAUUUUGUUGUUACUGUGCUGUAUUUCAUAACCUCCCAUACCAAAACCAAAAUGCAAUAAAUAA